AUGUCACUUGCGAUUCUGCCCUUGGCGGCGCCCAUGACUUGUAGUCAACACUCUGGUCCUGCACUUGUUCCGCCUUCUCCUGCCCCGUCCAAGCGACCCAAGCUAUCGCUGAAUACCACCGACGUCCCACUGUCUGUCUUCGGCAAAGCCUCCACCAGUCUCCGCUUGGACACUUUGAGUUGCACUUCUCCGACCUCGCGCAACACCUUCAGCAAUAGGAAUGCCUACACCUCCUUCCAACAACCGCCAUCCGACUCCUCCCAGCAGAAGCCCGUGCUAGCUCCACUAACAACAUCACCGACGUCGAUUGUAGAGGACGAGUGUGAACUUGCACAGGAUUCUAUCGCUUCGUCUGCCUCAACGUCGUCCAGCACUUCGAGUGAUUUCGAAUCGACAGAAGUGCCUUACAGAGUCGCUUUCAAUACCACAUCCAUCCUCCGGAACGGCCCUCUUCCUCGAAAAAGGGCUCGUACGUCAAACCUACCAAGUGAAAGGACCAUGUUCCCUCCAGCUAAGAAGGUGGCAUUCCGCUCGCCUCUAACCGAAGAGGUCAAGACGACCAAGUACAUCAUGAAGCACUCAGACAUCGAACCCUCCAACUCAUCUAUCUCGACGCUUGAACUGUCGCCACAACGGAACAACACCGAAUCGACAGAAGAAAUCAAGAAAGGCGAGCAGGAAGGAGCGCACAUGAAACGGAAGGGCAACGAGUAUCCACAUGCAGGCAACAAACGAGAGUCAUCGGAUGACGAAGAAAGCGAUGACUCUUGCCCCUCAACGCCCAUGCCAGGACGUGAGAAGCGGUCCAGAAUAUGGACAUGGACUCUUGGAUCGAUCGAUCCAUCUUCUAAGCGACAGCAGCCUUGCAACCAACCAGAGCAAGCCAAAGACAAGGCAUAG